CGCAGCUAUGAAGUCGCACACACUGGCUGUCCUCAUAUUGGCGGCGCUCGCAGGAUGUGCCUCUUCAGAGGAAUGUCCUACCUUCUGCCCACAAAUCUACCAGCCAGUGGCCGCCCAGUGUGGCUCCGAAGUCAGGGAGUUUGGAAAUCCCUGUGAAUUGGAAGCACACAACUGCCUGCACAACAACGAAUGCAACGGCUGGCGUUACCAGGAGCGAUACGACGUUAGAAGCACUUUGAUGGCUGAUUCAUCAGUCGAAAAAACGGUUGAUAGACAUUUUUAGAGGUUUUGCGAUUUCCUUCUGGAAACAAAAUAAUUGCAGAAAUUAAAUACAGAAAUU